AUGAAGUUGCUUACAGUGAUCGCAACUACCUGUCUGCUGGGAGCCACCCUGCUCCGAGCAUCACCACUCAAACAGAGCACUCCGCGAGCCCUUGUCACCAGCCGGUCCGAUGUGGUGACACCGGAAGCGAGCAAGGACAAACCACAGUACAUGAUCCGCGUGAUGCCAAAGGACGAGGAGCUGGAGGACCUAUCGAAGUUGGUAGAUUUUUUCGCGAAUGGGGAGACCGGCUCGCCCAGCGCAUCAACCGGCUCUCCCCACACGACCUCCUACGGUUCCUAUAGUCCGCGCCAGGACGAUCUGACCGAACCACUCCUGCCACCACCGGUCGACCAAAGCGAACCAAACUAUUACGCCGCCAAGCCAAAGAAAACCAAGGGCAAAAAGUAUGUCCCGACCCAGAAGCUUAUCAACCUGAAGCACACCGAACAGGCGGAAAAGAAUGCGAACGAAAAAUCGCGCCAGGACAGCGAGAAGGUGCAGGAAUCGAGCGAAGAGGAUACGUUCUUCCUCGAUGCGAUCGAUCUCGAUCGGCUGCUGGCCAGCGCUUUGCUCGGUGAGCAGGACGCACGAUCCGAAGCGACGGCCGCCAUUGGCCGUUCGCUUUUGCCGCUGCGACUAGAUGAGCUGAACCGUGGCGAGUUUGUGCCGAGCCGUAACCGUCGGGUGGAUCAGUAUACGCGCCGCGUGGCCGGAGAGGAUGAAGGAAGAAUCGUCAGUUCCACGUAG